UGUUAUCACAAUUCUCUCUCUAGCAAAUACAAAAAUUAACAGAAAGGAAAAUAAAAAUUAACAAAAACAACACAAAAAAGAGGAGGUAUAUAUAUGGUUAUGUCGUUCUGUUUCACCCAUGUUUUUGAGAUUGGUUUCGUAAUAAGCCUUCCAUUUUGCUUUAACCCAUAGGUUCAGGAAUCUGGUACGUUUCGAUCAUCGAUUCUAGAAUCACAAAUCUCAAUUUCCCCUACUUGUUUUAUGGAUCUUCAAUAUUGAAAUCAGUGUAUUUAUCUUAUUUCUUGGAUUUUUUUUGUUUAUUUUCUUUCUCAGCUGUUUUGAUCUAUGAAAUUGAUUCUUGAUUACGGAUUAUAUGAACUGGGCAUGUUUUUAAUGCUUUGACUAUCGAUUUUCUGUUUCUUGGGUAUUAAUCGAUUUCUGAUUCUUGAUGCAGAGUUUGAUUUUUCUUUUUCUCUUUUCAUUGGUUCAGUUUGAUAGAGAGAUAUAUAUAAAAAAAAAGCUUAAAAUGGCAUCAAUGGUUGCAAAAGCCAGUAGUAGUAGCUGUAGCACUCAAGUGUCAUCAUUGGUAUCAGUCCAAGAAAAAGGAAGUAGAAAUAAGAGAAAAUUUCGAGCUGAUACACCUUUAGGUGACCCUGGUAAGAUUAUACCUUCACCUCAGAAUGAAUGCUCUGGUUAUGAAUUUUCUGCUGAGAAAUUUGAAGCUACCCCAGCUCAUGGGCCAUCCAGUGUAUGUGACCUGUGCGGUGUUAACCAAGACCAUUCUGAAGGGUUGAAACUUGACCUUGGAUUGUCUAGUGCCUUAAGCUCAUCUGAGGUUGGAACAAGCCAACCCAGAGAGGAAUUAGAAUCGGAAGAAUCCCAUGAUGCUGAUUGGAGUGAUCUCACAGAAUCCCAGCUAGAAGAACUUGUGUUAAGCAAUCUGGACGCAAUCUUCAAGAGUGCAAUUAAAAAAAUUGUUGCUUGUGGUUAUACCGAAGAAGUUGCUACAAAGGCUGUUUUGAGGUCAGGCCUUUGUUAUGGGUGUAAAGACACUGUUUCAAAUAUUGUGGACAAUACUCUAGCAUUUCUUAGGAAUGGCCAAGAGAUUGAUCCUUCAAGGGACCACUGUUUUGAGGAUUUACAGCAGCUGGAGAAGUAUAUAUUGGCAGAAUUGGUUUGUGUACUCCGAGAAGUCAGGCCAUUCUUCAGCACUGGGGAUGCAAUGUGGUGCUUGUUGAUUUGUGACAUGAAUGUUUCUCAUGCCUGUGCAAUGGAUGGUGAUCCCUUGAGUGGUUUUGCCGGUGAUGGGACUUCAAACGGGACUUCCUCUACUUCUAACCAACCGCAGAUAGAAUCCAAAUCUUCUGAGUUAAACCUUCCAAAUCCUUGUAAAUCUGAACCUUCUGUUACUUGUUCUCAAUCCGAGGCACCCAACAUCAUGACGAGAGUUCCCAACAUAUCGAAACCAAAGAACUCUGUUGCUGUCAGUGGACUAGUCACAGAGAAAGAUGGAUCAAAUUCUACAUUUGAUUCUGCAGAUAAAUCUUUUAGUGUUGCAGGAACAUCUCAAUCUCCUGUAGUAGAGGAAAAACUUAUUGUUAGUAGAAAGGUUCAUUCUAAUAGUACCAAGAGAGAGUACAUACUUCGACAGAAAUCUCUUCAUCUGGAGAAGGGCUACAGAACAUAUGGACCUAAAGGGUCAAGAGCAGGGAAAUUGAGUGGUUUGGGCGGUUUGAUCUUGGAUAAGAAACUAAAGUCUGUUUCGGAAUCUGCUGUUAAUAUAAAGAAUGCUUCGUUAAGACUGAGUAAGGUAAUGGGAGUCGAUGUGUCUCAAGAUAAUGCAAGCCAGAAUCUUUCGAGCAAUACUAGAUCCUCUUCCCCAGCAUCAUUUAAUUUAGAAACUUCUGGCACAACUUCUGCUUUUCCUAAGACCAAUAAUCAAUCUGCAUUACCCGUAGUCACCAAGCCACCUGCAUUAACUGCUGUGAACACUCCACCUGUAUUAUCAGCUACUGAUACUGAACUUUCACUUUCAUUGCCUGCAAAAAGCAACUCCACUUCAGUCCCUGGUGACAGUAAUGCCGAGGCAACCAGUUGUAAUUUUUCUGGGAUACCAUAUGAUAAGUCUCUGGCACAGUGGGUUCCCAGGGACAAGAAGGAUGAGAUGAUUAUGAAGCUGGUUCCCAGAGCGAGGGAACUGCAAAAUCAGCUCCAAGAAUGGACUGAGUGGGCAAACCAGAAAGUUAUGCAGGCUGCUCGAAGGCUGAGUAAGGACAAGGCUGAACUUAAGUCACUCAGGCAAGAAAAAGAAGAAGUUGAACGGCUCAAGAAAGAGAAGCAAACGCUGGAGGAGAACACAAUGAAGAAGCUGACAGAGAUGGAAAAUGCAUUAUGCAAGGCUAGCGGACAGGUAGAAAGGGCUAAUUCUGCUGUUCGGAGGCUUGAGGUGGAGAAUGCUGCAUUGAGGCAAGAGAUGGAGGCUGAAAAGCUGAAUGCAGCUGAGUCAGCUGCAAGCUGUCAGGAGGUAUCAAAGAGGGAGAAGAACACGCUGAUGAAGUUUCAGUCAUGGGAGAAGCAGAAAAUUAUUUUACAGGAAGAGCUUGCUACUGAAAAACGCAAGGUUGCGCAGCUACGUCAGGAUCUUGAACAGGCUAAACAACUACAGGAACAACAUGAGGCUAGAUGGCAACAAGAAGAGAAGGCAAAAGAAGAACUGCUUUUGCAGGCUAAUUCAAUGAGAAAAGAAAGAGAACAAAUUGAGACUGCAGCCAAAUCUAAGGAGGAUACAAUCAAACUGAAAGCAGAAAUAAAUUUGCAAAAGUACAAAGAUGAUAUACAGAAGCUUGAGAAAGAAAUUGCUCAAUUGAGAUUGAAGACUGAUUCUUCGAAAAUUGCAGCACUUCGAAUGGGCAUCAACCAAAGUUAUGCUAGCAGACUCACGGACAUUAAGUACAAUAUUGCUCAAAAGGAAUCAUCACCUCUCUAUUUCUCAGCAGAUUUUCAUGAUUACUCGGAAACCGGAGGUGUGAAGCGAGAAAGAGAAUGUGUGAUGUGCCUUUCAGAAGAGAUGUCUGUGGUAUUUCUUCCAUGUGCACAUCAGGUGGUUUGCACAACAUGUAAUGACCUCCAUGAGAAACAAGGAAUGAAGGACUGCCCUUCUUGUAGGAGUACCAUUCAAAGGCGUAUAUCAGUACGUUAUGCACGCUCCUGAUUUUGUUAUGGAGUUUUGAGGUCUCCAAAUAAUGAUUAAUGAUUGAUGGUUGUGGAACGCAUUUGAAUUGAAUAAUGCAUUUUGCAUCUUUAUUCAAGAGUUAAAAACAUCAAAAGUGUUUUCAUUGAUGCAAA